AAAUACCGCCCAUUAUACUGCUUUGGGUGGUGUCUGUGAAAGUGGUUCACUGGAUCCAGUCGCCUUUGUCAGCCCAGUCCAUUGCAUCAGUCAGGGAGGAGCUGCAUCUGCCUGGCCUAGCCCAGCCCUGGAAACCGGGGUCUGAGCUGCACCAUCUUGGCAGGGGGAGAUCUGCCCCCACUUUCCCAUGUUCCCCUGCCACCACCUCGGGCAGUGGAUCACCGACGCUGAACCCCACCCCUACUCCCACCACAGCUGCUGGACCCCAGCCCUUCCACAGACUCCGCUCCCACCCGCCCGCAGCAGGAGCGUCUCCCUUGGGCCAGGAGCAGCAGAGCGCUGCACUUCAGCGGAUGUUCCUGAGCACCUUGGGAGUGGGACACUGCGUCGGGUGCCUGGCUUGGUGAAGAAAAUGCAGAAGCUUCAGCUUUGGCUCCUUCUCCUAGCUAGCCUCUCAGGAUCUGUGGCCCAGACAGACAAGCCAGCAGCGAGGAUCCAGCCGCGCCCCCCCUACCCCAGCCCGGGCAGAGAGCUACAGCUGCAGUGUGACGUCCCAGGGGAUCCUGGCCCCCUGGAGUUCCUGUGGACAAAGGACGGCAGCUAUGUCCCCCUGCAGAUAAACGCUAACCGCAUCCUCACCCUCCCCCCCAUCGGCAAGAAUGAAACGGGCACCUACAUCUGCACGGCCACCAGUGCCUGGGGCAGCUCCGUGGCCAAGUACAGCCUGGAGAUGAUCGACCUCUUCCGUAAGGUGUUUGUUUUCCCAAGAGCAUCCAACGACUCCUACGUUAUCCUGAAGCCGAAGCCAGAGCAGCCACUGCAGAGUUUUACCAUUUGUCUGAGAUCCUACACUGACCUGCCCCGGCCAUAUGCCCUCUUCUCUUAUGCCACCAAGGCCUAUGAUAAUGAGAUCCUGCUCUUCAAACCCAAGCCUGGGGAGUACAGACUAUACGUGGGGGGGGAAUUUGUGACCUUCAGAGUCCCAGAGAACCGUAUGGACUGGGAGCAUGUCUGUGCUGGCUGGGAAUCGGCCACGGGCAUAGCUGAGUUCUGGGUGAACGGGAAGCCCUUACCCAGGAAGGGUCUGCGGAAAGGCUAUUCCAUCAGUGCUGAGGCUGUGAUCAUCCUGGGGCAGGAGCAGGACUCCUUCGGGGGCGGGUUUGAACUCCCAGAGUCUUUUGUAGGGGAAAUCGCAGAUGUGUACAUGUGGGACCAUGUCCUCUAUAACAUGGAGUCUAUAAUGUGGGGUGGGUACUUUUCCCACUACAUCUUUGGCUGGAAUAAUUUGCACUAUGAAUUAGUAGGUGAUGUGUUCCUGAAACGCAAGCUGUUAUUCUGAUCCUGUGAGCACAGGCUGCAUUCAGCAGCAGUUCAGCCCCAGCCCAAAGCCGUGGAGCUCCAACUCCUGCUGUCACUUUCAGAGAGUGACGUGCCCCCGGGGCAUGCUGUCUGCAGCCAUAAACCAGACAUGCCAAACCCGGGGAAAAAAAGCAGAAAUUCGGCUUGGUUUUGGCUUA